AUGAAUAUUAUCAAUGCGUUAAAGUUAAAACCCGGAUUAAAUGUAAUAGUUCUUUAUGAUGGAGUAUGUAAUAUAUGCAACUUGGGCAUACAAUUUGUAAUGAAACGUAAUAACGCGUUACCAAUAGUUCAUUACGCUUCAUUACAGUCGAAAUUAGGGUUAUCUUUAUCAGAUUAUUACAACUUACCAAAAGAUUUAUCAACUUCCAUUUUGUUGAAAUAUCAUAUUCCAAAUGAUUUUCUACAAUCAUACAAUACCUCCUCUUCGAUACCUAACAAUUCUUCUCUCAACCUUUCUCAUCUGAAUGAUGAUUCUUUGAAUGAAGCUGCUCAAUUACCACAACCCGAAUUAUUUAUGAAAUCCGAUGCAUCAAUAGAAUUGGUUCGAUAUUUAGAUAAUCCUUGGCCAAUUACUUAUUAUAUCGCUAAAAUCAUUCCCAAAUCUUUAAGGGAUGGAAUAUAUGAUCGGUUCGCGAGAGGCAGAUAUCAAUAUUUCGGUAAAACCGAUUCAUGUCAAAUGCCUAAACCUGGUAAUUAA